AUGGCCGACGGACUCAACCAAGCUCGUGCAUUGAGGGUUGCCGAGAUCAUCAACGACUACCGCACACUCCUCCUUCAUAUCUCACAGCAGAAGAUGGAUGUCGCCCAGGAGGACUACUGGGAGGAAGGCUUCGUUGUGUUGCGCGAGUCUCUGGCGGCCGCCCAAAAGCUGAUGGCCUCCAACUAUACUCCUACCCCGGUAGGGAAUGCAGGGAAUGCCGCCGAGGCAGAAAAGGCCGAAUUACGAAGAGUUAUCCUAGACGGCAGUGCCCGGCGAUUCCAAGCACACAAAACCUACCUGCGCGCAGCGGCAGCCAGACGAUGGGCUCUGAAUCGAGCCAACGCUCUGCGCGGCCAGCGCCCUACGGAGAAGCAUGCAGCGCAGUUGAAAGCCAUCAGCAAUAUGUUCCGCGAGGAACUGGCCUCCAUCAGCGAUCAGCAUGUUGUCGCUGAUCUGCGGGCUGCCGACCUGCGGGCAGGUCACUGGCUCGACGACGACCCGAGUCUGAACGAGAUCCUCCACUGGAGUCAAAUGCGGUUAUGA